UUGCCUACGAUAUCAUGAGUACUUCUAUGCCCAUCAUACACAUUGUUCGGCGUCAGACAUUUAGACAUUCAAAUUUUAGGUAGCAGAAAAGUAGUAGUUCUAGGAAUGGACCUUCAGCCACAACACAACCGAAGAACGCACUUCGUUGUGCCCAAGAACGGACUCUUCGAGAUCCCGGAUCCACCACUGCGGCCGGAUUAUGUAGCGAUGAGAACACCGGAAAAAUCGAUUAGACCCAGCAUGUUGAAGAAGGAGGAAGUUCUGGUCGACAAGGAACUCAAGUUCUUCAAAGCGGAGGAUAUAAGCAAGACCAAAGUCAAUCAACUAGAGGAAGAACCCCAGUUGGUGUUCUCUGAGCCUUCCGAGAGACUUGACGUUGUCCAGACCAGUGGAGUUGCCCGCAUAGGUUUCGGGAGUGCUCUCCUGCGAUUCGUUUUCAACUUGCUGGGCAUUUUCCAGAAUGAGUGUGAUUUCAACGAAAAUUUAGGGUGGAUUUAGGAUGGAAUUUUAUUGUCUUUUGUCUGAAUUAAAGCUAAAAUCGAAUUGCAUACGAA